UUGCUGUGGGAGGAAGGAAUCAAACCCCCAAGAUGGCGGCGGCGUCGGAGGAGCGGAUGGCUGAGGAAGGAGGCGGUGGCCACGGCGACGGCGGCUCCCCUUCGGCCAUCGGCUCUACCCAGCGACUGCCCCCACCUCCCCCGCCCCAGGCCCCGCAGCCGGGGUCCCAGGCUCCCCCGGCCCCGGCGCUGGCUCCGGACCAGCUGCCUCAAAACAACACGCUCGUGGCGCUGCCCAUCGUAGCCAUCGAAAACAUCCUCAGCUUUAUGUCCUACGACGAAAUUAGCCAGCUCCGCCUGGUUUGUAAAAGAAUGGACUUGGUCUGCCAGAGAAUGUUGAAUCAGGGAUUUCUAAAAGUGGAGAGGUACCAUAAUCUAUGUCAGAAACAAGUUAAAGCACAACUCCCAAGGAGAGAGUCAGAAAGGAGAAACCAUUCAUUAGCUCGUCAUGCAGACAUCCUCGCUGCUGUUGAAACAAGGCUGUCUCUCUUAAAUAUGACUUUCAUGAAGUAUGUGGACUCCAAUCUCUGUUGCUUCAUCCCAGGAAAGGUGAUUGAUGAGAUUUAUCGUGUGUUGAGAUAUGUCAAUUCUACCAGAGCCCCUCAGCGAGCUCAUGAAGUACUUCAAGAGUUAAGGGAUAUUUCCUCCAUGGCAAUGGAAUACUUUGAUGAAAAGAUUGUUCCAAUUCUAAAGAGGAAAUUACCAGGAUCAGAUGUAUCUGGAAGACUCAUGGGCUCUCCUCCAGUUCCAGGACCUUCUGCAGCCCUGACAACAAUGCAACUCUUCUCUAAGCAAAACCCUUCAAGACAAGAGGUUACCAAACUCCAGCAGCAGGUUAAGACAAAUGGUGCUGGGGUGACUGUUCUCAGGCGUGAAAUUUCUGAGCUUCGCACCAAAGUGCAAGAACAGCAGAAACAGCUUCAAGACCAGGACCAGAAACUGCUAGAGCAGACCCAGAUCAUAGGUGAACAGAACGCACGGUUGGCAGAGCUGGAACGCAAACUGCGAGAAGUAAUGGAAAGUGCAGUAGGAGACUCCUCAGGGUCUGGGCAGAAUGAAGAGUCUCCUCGGAAACGCAAAAAGGCCGCAGAAGCCAUAGACUCUCUUAGGAAAUCUAAACGUCUCCGGAAUAGAAAGUAAACCAGAAUGUGCUUCUAGCUCCAGAGGAAGCCCUGACUUCGUAGCUUGAGCAGUUCUGCAUAUCAGGACACUGUGAGCAACAUGGUGUCCCUUAGCUCUAGGCUUUCAGAACACAGCGUAAACUUGAACUCUCAUGGUUGGGACAGUCUUUUCCCGCUUCUCCUCGUUGAACUGAUGCGCAGAAUCCUUUUAUUUUGCAAUAGAUUUGUACUAACCAGACCUAUCCUAUCAUGUUUUGAGAAGUUAACUUUAUUUCUGUGCAGAUAAUGUUUAAAGCAAGUUUAUCUGUUUCUGCAUAUAUGCACAUUACAUAAGGAUCUUAAACCAGUCUUGACAGACUAGAAGUUAAGUUUAAUACAUAAAAUGUCCUGUUCACUUGAAAGAAAAGACCUACUUUUUAAAUGGACAGUAUCUUGUUUUUAAAAAAAAAAUUGACUUUUUGUUAUAAGUGACCUUUGUCUGGAAUGUCUGAAAAGUAGUAAAUGCUUUUUGGUAUUGAAGUAAUGGGUAACUAAAACGGACUUCCAUAGUAUUGGCUGUAGAAGGGGCCUCUACAGUAUUGACUAUAUAUUUUUAUAAACUACUGGCAAGGGACUUACCCAGUUGUUAUAUACAUGUUUUCGGUUCACUUUUGGGGCCAUGUCCUACAUUUGCAUGGAUGGAUGCAUGCAUUGCCUAGUCAACUCACUUACAAAGCUCUUGCACUGGUAUUGAUCUUGAACCUCUACACUUCUCCACUUUUUAGAGCAGCGUCUUAGUUCAUUUAAGCGCUUAACAUCUUCCACCACAACAGCUUGCCUCUGGGGGCGGGGUGGUAUUUGUAUGUCCAUUUGUCCUCCAGUUUUACAAGAAUAAGAGAGUAUUAGAGCCCAUUGCUUUAUCUGUUCUCUGCAGGGUUCAGGUACACUGGCUGAGGCAGAACCCCAAAUUCUUUACAUUGAUGUCAGACUUCUGGCAACUAGUACUCUUCCUUACUCACCGCUGUGUGUGCUCAUUGAUCAAAUGUGGUCAUGACCAGUGGUGUGAGUAGGAAACCCAACCUGUUGGAUGCAGUUUUGCCACUGAAAGAAAGUUCACUGAAGAAAAUUAUACUAUGAAAAAGCAUUUUGAUCGUUUCAUUUCUGGGGAAUGACCUGAGGGAAGCUUUUUAAUAUUAAUUUCAAGCUUUCCUUAUCCUGCAACUUUAAACAAAAGCUUUAAUUUCGUUUGCACUCCUGUUUUGAGCUUGUAACUGGAAAAGCAUGUCUUGCACUGUUCAACCUUCUAAGUGGUCACUUUAACAACCUCCAAAUUGUGUACAGUGGUUAUUUUCCCCACUUGUUUAUUUUUGAAACAGUCAACUAUUACUGUCCUAGUUUUAUUUUAAUGUACUAAAUUAUGUAGUCAUUAUUUGCCUGUUAAGUUCUUUUAAACAACUGUUGCCUUGGGCUUCAGUUAUUUAAGGUAAACUUAGGUGUAGUAUAGAAUACUAUCCCUUUCCAGGUGGGAGUUUAACACCUGUAUAAAACCUAAGGUUUUGGUAAGUACCUUAGUUGAAUAAAAGCACAAGGUCACUACCUUUUUUUAUCUGUCCAACAUGACUUGGUUAUGCAUCCUUGAGAUUAACCUCACCAAAUGAAACGUUUUCUUAUCAAUUUUUAACAUUGUCCUUACAUAAUAUUGUCCUUAGAUUUUGAUCAAUUCUUUGUCUAACUUUGAAACUCCAUUUACAAUGUAGUAUGUUUUCAAUGAAAAACCAUAAAAUAACAUCCAAGUGUUUUCAUGGUUUGUUGGGAAGUAAUUUUAAAAUAAACAAUUUCCAAAAAACAUUUGUCAGCCAAGGUCAUCCAUAAAAGUCCCUGUCUGGAACUCAUUUUCUCAGCAGGUCUCAUUUGUUUAAUCAUAGGAUUUAGCCAUAUUGUCACAACUUCGGAGGAGGCCUAUUGGAAUACUCAUGGCCUUUAAUAGUCUGCCUUCCUGGCAAUAGGAAGACUUUUAAGUAACAGAGUACAUGUUUACAGGCUUACAAAGGGAUAUAACCUCAGAUGAUCUUUUUAAUAGUUGUUAAUGAAUUAUUUAAAGUUCCCUGGGUCUCUUUUUAAACUACAUCUGGACACCCUAAAUGUAUCUACAGUCUCAGUUAACAUGAGUAUUUGGCUUCUAUAAUAAGCACUCACUAUUAAAAGAUAGAUUUUCUGUUUCAAAAUCCAAAUUUCUACAGUAUACACUUGUAGUCAUCUGCCCAUAAGGUUAAUGAGUUGCACUUGUUAAUGCAUGAAUGUGGCAUAACAGUAGGAGAUAAAGCACUACAGUUUGUUUUAAGUCUUAAAUCUUAACUAGCUAAAACAUGUUAGGAUGUUGCCUUGGCCCAUUUGAUAGCUGUUACACUUGCCUUUGGGUAGUAUAAUGGUAUUUAAGUUUCAACAGAUCACAAAAUAUUUCCUUCACCUAAAACUGCCAUAUGUUACAGGAAAAUUGUAAAUUAGCCUCCCAAGAGAGAAACCAUCCUGCCCUGGGUUAUAGGUCGGUAAUUUAGAUGCUGUAUGUUAAUAUUGUGUUGUCCUAGAACAUUUUAUAAAGUAUUCCUGUCAUCUUCCUUGGCUGUCUUUCAGAGGAGACUUCUCUAAUAAGUCGUCCCACUUACGAAUUGAUUAUGGUGCAAUACUACAAACAGGUACCAUGUGGAAGGGCCUAUGGAAGAAAUGGAGAGGACUGCCUCCUCGCCCCCAACAUGAUUCUCAGCUUAUCUCCCAUGUGGACUUGGCUUGGUUUUCACAUAUUCUGAAUUAUGUAUUAUUUUAGAACAUGAGGAUAUAGAACCUGGUUUUUGUUUGUUUGUUUGUUUUGAGCUCCUCUUGAUGUACAGAGCCUGGAAAUAAUGGGGCAAACACAAAUGUAAUCAGAGUAAUCAUACUGUUUUAAAAACUUGGGGUGCCAUCAGGUCUAAAGCCACUGGCUUUGGAAGCAACUUUUCUUUUGUAAAACAUGUUUUUGGAGUACUGAACUUUACAGGGGCUUGCCUUAAUCUCUAUUUAGUAGUUUCAAAUGUAGGCGCUAUUAUUCUACUUGUUAAAAUGUUAAAAUAUUCUAUGUAGCCCCUAAGGUGGGUAGAACAGAGUAUAAGUAAUGCCUAAAUAAAUAAGCUAAAAGGUGUCACUACAGCUGGAUUUUUGAGCGAAAAUGGACAUAUGAACAUAGGCUAUGUGUAAUAAAAAUAAUGGCACCUUAAGAUUGCACUAUUUUAUGCAUUAUUUUAUAUGCCAUUUCAUAGCCUGCACUUUAAUCUCCAAAGAAACAAUGUAUGAUGUCCCAGUUCCUUAUUACUAACAAACUUUUUCCUAAGACAGGGCACUUAAUUCUAUUUUACUAUACUGAAAUAGUUUCUUGGAGGUAGAUUCCUCUUUUGAGUUCUCUAUUUCCUUAGCCAUAAUAUUUUCUAGGAUCUAGGAACUCCCUAUCUUGUCUAUUUCCAACAGUAUAUAAUUUUAAUUUAAUGUAAUGUAAAAUCUCAUACUUGGUGAUCAGCACAUUCUUAUAUCCUGCUCUAGCAAAAUGAGUACCCAUUUUUUAACACUUACCAAACCUUCUAAAAAUAAUGAUAUGCUGUAAGUAAGAUCUGAAGCCAGGGAUAAAGGCAUUCUCAAAGGAAAUGCCAUGUAUGAUGCAGUCUCUUGGAAAUGGCUGUUUCUAGUGUAAAAUACAAUUUGAUAGCCUAUUCAAUGAUUUGACUUGGGAUCGGAAUUCCUUUAACUAGUCCUCAAAAAGUUAAUGAGUAAAGAACUACUUUAAAAUAACAAACUUCUAUAGCCUGCCAUCUGAGGUGAAUUAUUUUCAAGAAAUCCUAUAUAAUCUACAAAAUGAAAUUAGCAAUUAGUUGACUGCUGCCUACCAUGAUUUUAUUUUUAAUAGCAAUACAUUUAUAUUUGUGGUAAACACUAUAGGCUUAAGUAAUGGCCUUUUCCAGCUUCCUAAGAAUCUUUGUUAAAUUUCUGAAAUUGAAACAUUAAAUUGAAAAUUUUCCUGUUGUGUCUGAAGAGAACCAUGGGAUUUAGAAGCAUAUUGGUAAUCUAUUAGGUCCAUUGCCAAAGUAUACAUCAAAGCUAUACCAAAAGUUUAGACCUGUUUAAAAUUACUUUAUGUGGUACCAUGUCUGUUUACUUACGGUCAUGAGCAACAAUAAAUUACAAUAGUUUACCUUCUGGAAUUUUAAUUGUUAUAACCUAAUUCAAUUACUGGAAAGUGAAAAACACCUCCCGGGCACAUGACAGGGUACGUAAAUAAAUGUGUUUUUACCAGU